AGCUUUAUUACAAAAUGAUGUUUGGUUGUGGACAAUUGGCACGGGUAAGCUUAACGGCUCCGUUUGGUUUCCCCAAAUUACCCCUUUCUUUCUCUUCAAUUCUCGUAACUCACACUUUUAGUUGGUAUUGCCAUUGCCAUUGCCAUUGCCCACUCCUUCCAACCAGCUGUGAGCUAACCUCCUCAACAAUGGCUACCACCUUUUCUAUUUCCCACUCCAUUCCUCCAACCACAUUUUUCUACUUUUCAUCUUAAAUUCUACUCCAUUCAUACAUGCCUCUCACCCAACCCCUCGCACACCAAUCGCCCCAUCUCGCCCGAGAAAAUGGACGAUUCCGGUAGCUCCGCCGGCGCCCGAAUUUUCACCCAGAAAACCCCGAUUCUCGGACAGAGGCUCUUCAUCGUCAUCAUCGCCACCGUCGUGCUCGUGCUCGCUGCUUUCGUCCUGAUUCUCCUGUUCCUCCGCAAUCGGAGCUCGAAGCGGCGCCGCAUUGGCGUCAACCAGAGCUCCGGACUUCUGCCGCUGGUUUGUAGUAAGACCGGCGAUGACAGGGGGGUGGAUCAGAGACAGGUGAAGUGUGAGACGAACAAGGUGUUUGUCAUCGGGUGCGUUUCGCAGGGCUUGGAUGCGGAGUCGGAGAGCAAGGAGUCGAGCACGACGCAGAGCGAGGCCUCGUCGGCAGUGUCGGCGUCGACCGACGGUUUGGGGAGCUUUGGGUGGGGGCGGUGGUAUAGCAUGAGAGAGCUGCAGAUUGCGACGAAUCAGUUUUCGAGUCAGAAUGUGAUUGGAGAAGGUGGUUAUGGCAUUGUUUAUCGUGGGGUUUUGCAGGAUGGCUCCGUGAUUGCAGUGAAAAAUCUUCUAAACAACAAGGGUCAGGCAGAGAAGGAGUUUAAGGUGGAGGUUGAAGCUAUUGGGAAAGUAAAACACAAGAACCUUGUGAGUCUCUUAGGUUAUUGUGCAGAAGGAGCUCAAAGGUUGCUGGUCUAUGAGUACAUUGACAAUGGCAAUUUGGAGCAGUGGUUACAUGGCAAUGUGGGGCCAGUCAGUCCUUUGACUUGGGAGAUCCGGAUGAAAAUUGCCAUUGGGACAGCCAGAGGACUAGCAUACUUGCAUGAAGGAUUAGAACCCAAAGUUGUCCAUCGUGAUGUGAAAUCCAGCAACAUUCUUCUAGACAGGAAAUGGAACCCGAAAGUAUCAGACUUUGGACUUGCCAAGUUAUUGGGACCUGAGAAAAGUUACGUGACUACACGAGUGAUGGGAACAUUCGGAUAUGUGUCCCCUGACUAUGCAAGUACUGGUAUGCUCAAUGAGGGGAACGACGUAUACAGCUUUGGAGUUCUACUCAUGGAAAUAAUAACGGGCAGGAGCCCAGUAGACUAUUCCAAACCACCAGGAGAGAUGAACUUGGUAGAUUGGUUCAAAGGAAUGGUAGCAAGUCGGCGUAGUGAAGAGGUUACAGACCCACUGAUGGAUGUUCGUCCUCCCCCAAGAACUCUCAAGAGAAUACUACUGCUUUGCCUCCGAUGUAUAGACUUGGAUGCCAACAAACGUCCUAAGAUGGGUCAGAUUGUUCACAUGCUUGAGGCCGAUGAAUUUCCUUUCCGCGUGGAACCUCGUCCGGUUCGUGAUACAGCGCCUCUGCAGCCUCAAGUAUCUAGCAGCAAGAGAGCUCAAUUAGCAAACUAGGAAGAAGUGAUCAAUGAUGAUGAAGGAAGACUAAGGCGAAGAUGAUUAUUUUUGUUCACGUCUUACUGUGUAUACAUAUUAAAGAGCAGACGAUGAUUGAGCUUCUUUGUAGAACAACAUUUUAUUCUUUCUUCACCUGGCACAUACCAUUUAAAUGAGCUUGUAAAUAUAUUUAGGUUUUAUACAUUUUUGCUUCAUAAUA